AUGCGUAACAAAAAGCGUAUGGAUGUAGUAGCAACUACGGGUAGCUUAUUUGCAUUGACAUUACUGGUUAGGCCAACAGAUGGUUCGGUUGGCGACAAGCAUCACAUCUUUCUGGAAUGUGUGGAAUGGUGUAUCGUAAGAUAUGGCUGUCCGCAGAGAUAUGAUGAAAGUGGUUGGAUCUUUGGCGAGUGUUUCAGAUGUCGUUACAGUUGUAUAUGGAAAACUGUGAAAUAUUUUGAUGAUGUUUUACGUCUUUCUGUGCCACAGUUUUAUGGUAAAUGGCCGUUCUUAGCUGUUUGGCUACCAUUAAUUGUACCUGUUCCCGUUCAAGAACUUGCUUCCGUUAUAUUUUCAGUGCUGAAUUUACUCACGACAUUAUCUAUGUAUCGAACAGUUAAAAAUCUGCGCAAUUCAAAUCGUCUAAAAAUCGUUUGGACUACUUAUUCAGUGAUUGGAAUUGUAAUGUGGACAUGUUCAGUCGUUUUUCAUUGGGCUGACUUUUGGUUAACUGAAUAUUUAGACUAUUUUGCUGCAUGUGCAUUUAUAGUGUUCGCACUUUUUGCUAAUAUACUUCGACUACGGUUACAACAUGAAAAUAUGCAUUGCGUGCUCGUUCCUUACAGCUAUCAUUUACUAUAUAUGGCUGGCACAGCAGUGGAAGUUAAGAGAUCGUUCGAAUCGACGAUCGUUGAUAUAUUUAGCUGUAGUGGUCACGUGGGGCCUAUUAUCAAUUCUAUCUUAGAUUUUGUUCCAUUAUACUGGAUUAUUGAUUCGCAUGCGUUAUUUCACUUAGCGACGGUGCCAUUACCAUUACUAAUGACCCGUUUUAUACAGCUGGAAAAUGCCUACGAAAUGCAGAAACAGAUGGAAAAUAUUAAAGAGACCUAA